UGUCCCAGAUGGUUGGAAAUUGAAACUAACUUUUGGUUACCCUUCCCACGAGGAGCCAUGGCUGCAGAGAGCCCUGCAGAAAGUCUCCAGGAUGAACUUUCUUGUCCCAUCUGCCUGGAGUAUUUCAAAGAUCCAGUGAUUAUUGAGUGUGGGCACAACUUCUGCCGGGCCUGCAUCAGCCAGUGCUGGGGGGAGACGGAGCCAAACUUCUCCUGCCCCCAGUGCAGAGAAACUGCCCAGCAGAGAAACCUGCGGCCCAACCGGCAGCUGGGGAAGGUGGUGGAGUUAGUGAAAGGACUGAGGCUCCAGGCGGUGACAGAGUGCGAUGGACAAAGAGUGUGUGAGAGGCACCAGGAGGCUCUGAAACUGUUCUGUGAGGAGGAUCAAACCCCCAUCUGCGUGGUGUGUGAUAAAUCUAAGGCUCACAGAUCUCACAAAGUGGUUCCCAUAGAGGAGGCUGCCCAGGAGUACAAGGAACAAUUGCAGACCCGACUGCAGGCUUUGAAGGAAGAGAGAGAAAAGCUCCAAGGAUGGAAACUGACAGGAGAGAAGAGAAGCCCAGAGUACCUGGGAAAGACAGAAGCUGAGAGAGAGAAAAUUGUGGCUCAAUUUAAGAAGCUGCACCAGUUUCUGGAGGAGGAAGAGCAACUCCUGCUGGCCCGACUGGGAGAGCUGGAGAAGGAGAUUGUGAAGCUGCAGGAUGAAAAUAUCACCAAACUCUCCGCGGAGAUUUCCCGUCUCAGCGAGCUGAUCAGCGAGAUGGAGGGGAAGUGCCAGCAGCCAGCGAGUGAAUUCCUGCAGGACGUCAGAAGCACCUUGAGCAGGUGCCAGCAGGGGAAGUUCCAGCAGCUGGUAGAGAUUUCUCCUGAUCUGGCAAAGAGACUUGGUGAUUUUACCCAGAAAAACAUUGUACUAAAGGAGACUCUGAAGAAAUUCCAAGACGCUCUGAUGUUUGAACUGCAGACAGCGAUGACGCUGGAUCCAGACACGGCUCAUCCUGAACUCGUCUUGUCUGCGGAUCGGAAAAGUGUGAGACUGGGAGACACACAGCAGCGAGUGCCCAACGAUCCUGAGAGAUUUGACUGUAAUCGCUGGGUGCUGGCCUGUGAGGGAUUCACCUCAGGGAGACAUUGCUGGGAGGUGGAGAUGGGGGAUGGGCAAUGCUGGGCUGUAGGAGUGGCCAGAGAGUCUGUGAAUAGGAAGCGGGGGUUGAGUUUUAACCCUGAGGAGGGGAUCUGGGCUGUGCAGUGGCUGCAUGGGGAUCAAUAUCAGGCUCGCACCUCCCCUGAGACCACAGUGUCACUGGGCCGGGUCCCCAGCAGGAUCCGGGUUUGUCUGGACUGUGAUGAGGGGCAGGUGGCAUUUUUCAGUGCUGACAACAAGGCCCCGAUCUUCACUUUCCCACCAGCAUCUUUCAAUGGGGAGAGAAUCCGCCCUUGGUUCUGUUUCUGGGACAGUGAAACCCAGCUGAGACUCUGUUCCUGAUGCACAAGAUUAUCUAUCCCCCUGCAGGCCAAGAAAUGGGCUUCUCUAGCUUCUGGCACCCUCAUUUCUACAACCCGGGAAGCUAAAGUGGGCUGGUGACCUGUUCUCCCCCCUCCAAAAAACCAACCAACCAAAACCACCCAACCCUCAGGGACAUUGACCAGCCUGUUUGUCACUGUUCUCUAUGAUCCCGGAGGACUCUAGCAUUCUGCCUGGUCAGAGAGCAAGAGGAGGAGUCCUGGGUGAGGGAGGACAGUACAGGUGGCAAAUCUUUGGGGCAGGGGGGGGACAGGAGAAAAUGGCUAAUCUUCACUUUUGAUGAGUGUUUUCUAGAAUUUGACUAUGGAGAAUUUAACCGUGGAGGUUGUUGUGUUUUAUGGUUUCAUGGUUUCACAGCUGCAAAGAUGCUGAAAUUUUUGUGGCUCACGAUGGAUUCUCUUGUCUCUCCUGUUGGGUAAAAUACAGCAAUAAACCCAGGAGCCAUCAGAACUACUUGAUAAACUGGUGGGGGGUUUGUUUGCUUUUUCCUGACCUGCUCAGUGGGAUCGAAGUGAGUUAUAUGUCAUUGGAAUUGCAAGAAAAGCAACCCCUCUGGAAUUGCAACAACAGUAAUGAUCAUGUCUCUGCUAGGCCAUACACAGGUGCUUUCACACAAUGUCUGUUGGAUCCAAAUUUCCCAGCCUGGGCGCAUCAAGCAUUCAGACAAACAGUGACAUGUAGCUAGUUCCUCGUCCAAACUUUUCAGUGACCAGGGUCACAUGCGUAGUUGUGCGACUCCUCUAGUGGCUGCGUUCAGAAACAAAAAGGCAUCAUCAUCUGUUCAACGUGGCCUUGCACAUACAGCAUGUGCAAGGUUAUUCUGUGCAGAGGAUGCCAUUUUACUCUACAAAAUGGCAUCCGGACCCUAUUAGUACUGUGUUUUUGAGGUUGUGACCUUGCUCACAUAGCGCAUGAGUGCUCAUGCCUUGCAGAGACACCAUUUUUAAAGCUGGUCUGCUGCAGGGACAGAUGCAUUCGGGGACCAGACAGAAUGGUCCUGGGAUGUAUACGGCCUACGGGCCGCCAGUUGAACUAGUCUUAUAGAUAGGGUGACCACCCAUCCCUAAUUUCAACGGCCUGUCUCUUAUUUCAUUGAUUGUCCCUUAUGGUAGCCAUCCAUCCCUUAUUUAAAGGGACAUCCCUUGACCACUAUCCGCAUUAAGUUGAUGAUGAUUGCAUUGUAUAUCUGAGGGCAGUAGAAAUGUACACUUGGAAGCAAAGUACAUGAUAUGCUAGGGAAAAUGGUGUUUGCCUAAAAUGUCCUUUAAAAUAAAGAA